AUGUCAACAGACUCGACAUCGCAGAAGAAUCUGCAGCAAGUUUUAGAUCGGAAACCAGACUUCACUAAUGAUACUCCUUUAGACCAGUUUUUCGAUUCCCUGCAGUCCCAACUCUUUUCUAAACUAACCGAUGAUUCUAGCGUUCCCCUGUAUGAAGAAGCAGGUCUACCGAAAAAUGAUGAGUUUGUAGCUUAUCUUCUCAAGAAGCUCGCGGAGCUAAGCUCUAUAACGUUGGAAAUCACCCGUUGUGACGAAUCAACAGCACGUCUAGUGCCGAUUUCGCUGCACGACAUGAAAUACUUUGAUCUUUUGAUAAAUUUAAUUGUGGUCCAUGGUGUGUACGCUAACUUGCCCGCUGGCAUUGGUAUCCCGCUAGAACAACGGAGAAUUGAUAGUUUCCGCAAGACAGACAAAAAAUUCGUGGUUCCCAGAAGCCAUAAGCCCAACCUCAGCACUUUGGGUCGCGUCGCUGACGUUCUCUACACGACGCUUCUUUCAGCACCCGUCAAGUGGAAUACAGUUGGAAGCUUGCUGCUCAAGGGAGCAGGAUUUACCGACUUGAUGACGGCUCUGAUCGCACUGCAGUUUAGUGUCGACACAGAAAUAGCCCACAAACAAUCGUAUUGCAAGAUGUUUGGUGAGCUUGAAAACUUGCAAGAAACCUACCAACUGUUCUCUCUGUACACAUUGCUGGUUCAUACCACUUCCAAAUUGAAAUAUCGGGAAUUCGUGUUAUCCCAGCUCGCAACCCUGCCCGUCAGACGAAACAACGGCGUGAUAAGCUUGAUUGAUUUCAUAGUCGGAGUUCGUGAAGACGAAGAAAUUGACAUCAGCAAGUAUAGCAGAGUCACUCAGAUUCUCACCACGAAACCAAGAGCCAUGACUAGUAAACAAUAUUUUACGCAACUUUUCGAUCAGAUAUAUGAGGGACUUACAUUCGUGAACAAACCCAUUCUCGUGAGUUGCUUGAACAAUCUAGUGAGCGAGCUAUAUUUCAAAAACAAAAGGAUUAUCCAUGACUUUUUGUUCAAAAAGAUUUCCACUGUGCUAUACAACGACGUCCGGCAAGAGUUCUCGUCCAAGACGCUCAACGACACCAUGAAUGUGCUGUUGUCCAUCUCCAAAAAUCCACACGAGGAACUGACGAAUGACCUCGCCACCUUCCACUUCAAGAACUUCUAUCUUACUCUGUGGACUUACUGUAUGUUUCUGCGAAGGGACCAAAAAUUACAGCCUCGCAGCGGAGCAAAAGAGAUUGAUGCUCCAUACUAUACCGUGAUGUUAUCUCUAUUGAAAAGCUACAUUACUAUAAAUCAUGCUUAUGAUGCACUGGAAUCUAUCGUUAUGAAUCUGGUCAAUUUCGACCAUGGCGAUUGGGGAUACAAAAUUGACCCGGAAACUCAGCUACCCUAUGUCAAGCUCCUCGAUCAAAGCCGUUUCAGCAAAGAUCUCAAUAUUACGAGUUCAGGAGACACGGAUAGACUUCAAAAAGUGCAGCAAGUGUUUCUGGACAUUGACCUUGCUGUGGAACUAUUCGCGGACCUCUUGAAGUUGUUGAAUGAACCUGAGGUCGUAAAGAACACUUUCCUUUCCGUGAUGAACCGCUGGAUUAGCAGCACAAAAACGGAUCGCACUUCCCAGUCCAUCUUAGCCGAGGACGUUCAAAGCAGUUUACUGGUUUUGGUGGACCUGAAAUUAAUGGAAAAACUAGACCAGGCUUUCAAAAAUGACAUUAUAAGGAAGCCUAGAGAUAUUUUAACCAUGAUCCAGGAGCUGUUUGAGUUGCCAGAGGAGCGGAGCGAACUCAAAGACAAUACAGCUGACUCUGACGACGAGGACAGCGACUCUGAUGACAAUGAUGAUGAUGAUAGCGAAGAUGAACAAACUAAUGAAGAAGAUGACAUUCUUCAGGACCCGAGAGCCACGAGCGUCUACUUGACGUUACUCAAAUUGCUCUCGACAAUUUUAUCGACAACUUCUAAAAGAGAUCUUUUACAUUCCCACGAUGUGCUGAAAUCGAUUAAGCAGUCACUAGAGAGACGUCCAAAUGAUGAAAAUGCACAAUCUUUGGUGUUGAGGCUGCGAAACUUUCUGGAAAACAACGAUGCGAGCAAAGUUGAUUCCGAAAUGAGUCGAAGUUUUGAUGAAUUUGAUGCAGACCAGGAAACCCUACAAAGGGCCAUGCUGAGUGUCGAGGAUGCACUGCCACCUAUACGUGCGAAUGGUCUCUAUGAGUUGCGGCGACUCAUUGAACGGAAGUCUCCGGUGAUAGAUUUAAAGCACGCCAUAGAAAUGCAUGCUCGUCAAUUGCAUGACAAAGAACCCUUCGUCUAUCUCAAUGCCAUCAAGGGUCUCUCUGCGCUUUGCGAAUUAGAUCCCACGCAUACCCUAGAUUAUCUACUGGAAAUCUAUUCGGGUCGGGAAACCGCCUCGAAAAAGACCAGAACUUUGGACGACAUAUUGAAAAUUGGCGAAGUUUUAGUCAACUACGUCGAGACUCAAAAUGAGCUGUUUGGCGGUCUGGUGGCACACCGGCUUGUGGCUGUGUGUUUGUCGAACCUUCAGCAACACAACUCUCUCGAUGCACGUGCAAGAACGUCAGCCAUGUCGCUUCUCGGAGUUUGUGUGGAGACCAACUGCCAAGCGAUUCAAAGCGAUCUGCUGGACAUUCUAGACUGUGCUGUAGGAGUUUUAAGGUUUGAAAAAUCUGAAGAUCCUGAGGAUAUUUCCAAAUUGCUUAGACGUGGCGCCUUGCACCUUCUACACACGUUGAUGGUGCAAGUAGGACCCGAAUCUUUGCCAGAAAACUACUCCCUGCCGCAAAUUGCCAGCUUGUUGAGCUAUGUGAGGUCUAACGACCCAGACUACUUGGUCUACGAGCAGGCUGGUGCCUUAUUGCAGUUAAUUCAAGAGCGUCAGCAUAUCAAUCCCGACUCAGAAUCGGUCGCCAAACUUCACCUGUAA